GGUACAGUCCAAGAUGGUGGGGCAAGAACUGGGACCUGAUAAACAUCUCCAUUCCUAUUCCUACUAUGGAACCUACAGCAGUGUGUGCACUGUGAAUCCUAUGAUCCCAGGGGGCGGCCGUCAGGAAGGGGAAUGGCUGGAUUUCAAAGAAAGACCCCAUUGCUUGGAAUCUUCUCCAGAGAUGACCAGGCCAACUAUCAGUGGCUGAUUGACUCGGCAUACUCGGCCGUUCCAGACAUCCGACUGGUCUACAUUGCCAAUGACAGUGGUGAGACCUUCAGAGAGGAAGUCCACAAAUGCACCUUUGCCAUUCUGUAUCACACAGCGACCCGGGGGAGGAUAAACAUCACCAAUGUAACUGACUCAUUGUACGAUGUUGAACUCCAAUAUCUGUACAAUAUCCUAGGGAAAGAGAAUGUCGUGGUUGUCAUUGAUGACCUGGAGGACAGUUCGGUUGAGAAGGACAGAAUCCUGGAGUCACAGCCAAGGUUGGGACAUUUAGCAAGGGACGUGUUCCUGUUCAGCGUCGAAGAGAAAGAAAGGAUACCACUAUUUAAUCAGCAGAAGAAUGUGAUUUUUGAUCCCAAAGUGGCCCAACUCAUCAGACUAAUAAAAGAUCAUCAACAAAGGAGGCAAUGUAAUAUAAGUGCCCAAUGCAAAGUUGGAAUAAUACUUAUAGCCAUUGCUAUUGUGUUUCUCAUUAUUGGUGUGCUAAUAUACACCGGGCAGAUUCCUUUGCUAUGACGACCCGAAGAAAUUACAAAAUGGCUAUGGAGAUGACAAAAGCAUUUAGAAUUGAGUUCUAAAGGAAACAUAACCUAUAAUAGGGUGCCCUUUAGAGUAGUCCCCAAGUAAAGCCUUUUGUAUGGUUAUCACCAGUGUGAAGUACAGAAUAAAUAAAGGACCUUUAUCUUCCCUAAUCUUGUGUUUCGGGGGCACAAACCAACGUGGAAAUAUUUGAAGAUCAGUUCAGCAUGGUAAGACAAAUAUCAGAACAGGCCAAAAAGAACUCAUCAAAUGAACUUGGGAUAAAACCUGGAACAGAAGGAAACCAGAUAGAAGGUCAUAGAGAAGAUAGAGGAGUCCAGGAAAGGUUCUGCUGUGUAAUGUAAGGCAAUGAGUGGUGCCUGAUACAAACAUGUCUACAGCUGAAUUCAUGUUUCAAACAGCAAUGAAUCAUGGUCAUGCAAAGAUAUCGCCACCCAAAGCACAGGUUGGCUGUACCAGAUAUGGAACAAGAAGGCCAUAGAGGAGAUAGGGGAGUCCAGAGGAAGGUUCUGCUGUGUAAUGUAAGGCAAUGAGUGGUGCCCGAUACAUACAUGUCUACAGCUGAAUUCAUGUUUCAAACAGCAACGAAUCAUGGGCAUGCAAAGAUAUCGCCACCCAAAGCACCGGUUGGCUGUGCCAUAUGCAUUUUGGUUCUUAACCACCAAGAAUUCCCCCAUAAUGUCAAUUCCUGGAGAUACAUGUGAUACAUGUAAAUAUUACACUGCAUUUUCUAUAAUAAAGUUACACAGGAACAACAAGAA